AAUUAAAUGUCAACAAAACAAAUACAAGAAUAACAAGAAAUCUCAGUUUGAGAUGUUUAUAUUUCAUUAUUUCAGUGGGCUGCUGCUGCUGCCAGUAUUUUUGUCAGCAGAUGGAAAUCUUAUGAUCUUUGAUCCUCAUAAAAAUUUCUGUUGAGUUGCUAUUUAGGAUGUUCACCACUAGGGGGAGCUGCAGACCCGGGAGCCUGUAAUGUUGCUUAAAUCUAAACAAACAAACAAAACAUCGCAGUUUGACGGAAUUAAAAACUAAAAUUAUAGAGUAAUUACUCAGAAGUUAGGAUUUAGUGACGUUUAUAAGUUCUUGAGGUUUUCUAUAUUUUGUCAUUAAGAAAUGCUUUCUGAACUAAACUCCAGCAUUUAAAAAAAAAUCAGCAUUUGGUUUUUUUAGACAGGGAGAAAAUUUUAUUAUUAUUAUCCAGUAAAUGUCUAAAAGAAGCUCAUAAUAAAAUUUAAUGGACAGUAGAACUGAUUGACAGAAAACCUUCAGGUUGAGUCUUUACUCAAACAGAAACACGCGUCACAUUUUACUGUGACCAAACCUGAUCAACAGCUCUCCUCUUGGUAUUCCCACCAUUUCCUGUCAGGUCACAUAUUUGCUUGUUCCUUCCCCUUCUGUGCUCAAGUUUAAAUAUAGGUAUGACUCAACAGUCACAGUUACAGAAAGCAGAAAUGGAGCAGCAGGCAGUUCAGCUGGACCGAGAAACUUUCUCCUGUCCGAUCUGUUUGGAUCUACUGAAGGAUCCGGUGACGAUUCCCUGUGGACACAGCUACUGUAUGAACUGUAUUAACACCCACUGGGAUGAACAGGAUAAGAAAGGUAUGUACAGCUGCCCUCAGUGCAGAAAAACCUUCACACCAAGGCCUGUCCUGGAGAAAAACACCAUGCUAGCAGCUUUAGUGGAGCAGCUGAAGAAGACUGGACUCCAAGCUGCUCCUGCUGAUCACCGCUAUGCUGGACCUGAAGAUGUGGCCUGUGGUUUCUGUACUGGGAGAAAACUGAAAGCCAUCAAGUCCUGUUUAUUCUGUCUGGCCUCUUACUGUGAGAAACACCUUCAGCCUCAUUAUGAUGUGGCUCCUUUAAAGAAACACAAGCUGGUGGAGCCGUCCAAGAACCUCCAGGAGAACAUCUGCUCUAAGCAUGAUGAGGUGAUUAACAUGUUCUGCCGCACUGAUCAGAAGUGUAUCUGUUAUCUCUGCUCUGUGGAUGAACAUAAAGGCCAUGACACAGUGUCAGCUGCAGCAGAAAGGACUGAGAGGCAGAGAGAGCUGGAGGAGAGACGAGGAAACAUCCAGCAGAGAAUCCAGGACAGAGAGAAAGAUGUGAAGCUGCUUCAACAGGAGGUGGAGGCCAUCAAUCACUCUGCUGAUAAAACAGUGGAGGACAGUGAGAAGAUCUUCACUGAGCUGAUCCGUCUCCUCCAGAAAAGAAACUCUGAUGUGAAGCAGCAGAUCAGAUCCCAGCAGGAAACUGAAGUGAGUCGAGUCAAAGAUGUUCAGGAGAAGCUGGAGCAGGAGAUCACUGAGCUGAAGAGGAAAGACGCUGAGCUGGAGCAGCUCUCACACACAGAGGAUCACAACCAGUUUCUCCUCAACUACCCCUCACUGCCAGCACUCAGUGAGUCUACACACUCAUCCAGCAUCAACAUCCGUCCUCUGAGACACUUUGAGGACGUGGCAGCAGCUGUGUCAGAGCUCAGAGAGAAACUACAGGACGUCCUGAGAGACUCAUAUAAAAUCAUCUCUCUGAAAAUCAGGGAGGUGGGUGUUCUACUGCCAGAAGUAGAACCAAAGAGCAAAUCUGACUUUUUAAGAUAUGCAUGUAAAAUCACAUUGGAUCCAAACACAGCUCACACACAGUUGGUGCUAUCAGAGGGGAACAGGAAGGUGGCAUUGAUGAAUCAACCUCAGUCUUAUCCAAGUCAUCCAGGCAGAUUCACUGGGUGUUGUCAGGUUCUGAGCAGAGAGAGUUUAACUGGACGUUGUUACUGGGAGGUGGAGUGGAGAGGGAGGGGAGGAUUUGUAGCUGUUUCAUACAAUAAUAUCAGCAGAGCAGGAGGUGGGAAUGAAUGUGCAUUUGGUCGGAAUCACAAGUCUUGGGCGUUGGAUUGUUACCAGAAAAAAUAUACAUUUUUUCACAAGAACAUCAAAACUCCUGUCUCAGGUCCAGUUUCCUCCAGAGUCGGAGUGUACCUGGAUCACAGAGCAGGUAUUCUGUCCUUCUACAGCGUCUCUGGAUCCAUGACUCUGAUCCACAGAGUCCAGACCAGAUUCACUGAGCCGCUACAUGCUGGAGUUUGGAUUUAUUACACCAAAGACGCUGCAGAGUUCUGUAAACUCAGAUAGACUGAGUUUGAAUUUCUCUGUGUUGAAUUUUUCUGUGACGUGUUUUGUAUUGCUGUUUUAUGUAAAAAUACUGUGGAGAGUCACUUUCGUCUAUUCUUAAAAUUUUUGGACAUGUUAUUUUACCCUGUUUGAAAAUUCAAAGCAAAUGUUUUCAUUGCUGCUGUCUGGGGUUCCAAACUUUUCAGCCUUGUGA